AUGGCCCCCUCAUUUUGUGCCUCCUUGCUCCUCUCUCUUAUGCUAGCAAUCCUAUUGAUUUGCCCAACAAAUGCAUGGCUAAGUGUGAAGGUAUCAAAAAUAUGCUUAUCUCUGUGCUCUUGGCAUGAAGAUCCUACUUUUUGCUUGCAAACUCUCCAAUCCAAUCAUCGUACACCCUUAGUCGACCUUGUUGGCCUCACCAAUAUUUCAAUUCACUUAACAAAUGUUGCUGCUAAAAAUAACAUGGCCCUUAUUCGCUCACUCGUCAAUAAAACCACAGACCCCAUAUUAAAAGCGCCAUUUGAAGUUUACCUCGAACUCUAUAACAGCAUUCUUGGUGAUCUAGAAUAUGCAAAAACUGCAUUGACAACUCAUGACUACUUCUCAGUAAAAGUUGCAUCUGAUAGUUGCAUGAUUGAUACUGAAAACUGUAGGGAUGAAUUAACAAGUAGUGCACCCCCUUUCCUACAAGAGAAUAAUGAGAUGCGUUAUAUUUGUGUAGAUUAG